CAAACAGACGUUGGAGCACAUAAUUCCCAAUCGACCAUACCACAACGACAAGCAGUUACCGCUCUUGCUCGGAUCUUUUGCUCCGUCAGCUUUAACAUAAUGUCCACAGGAGGUAGACAGAUUGUACUUGGUGUCCAGAACCAAUAA